UAUUCAGAUACGGAUUCGAUAUUUGUUUCAAGAAAUCCGUAUUUUACAAAUCAAACGAUUUAUCGAUAUAAGGAAAGAUUAUUAGAUAAAAAUAAUUCUCUGGAUGAAUUUAAGAAAAUUUUUUUUAAUUUAAUUAACGAUAUGUUUUUUGAAUCGUUUACACGAUUUAAAGAUUUUGAAAAAGAAAUUAAUACAUGGAUGAAAGAGGAAAAUCCACAUAUAGUCAUUGAAUUUGAAAAAUCAGGACUUCCAAUAUUUUAUCAAGCAAAGAAAAAAUAUGCAAUGUUGAAAUAUACUGAACCAAAAUAUUAUUUUGAUAAUAGUUGGAUUGAUAUUGAAGAUAAGCAAAUUGAAACUGAUGAAUAUAUAUUAUUAUCACAAUGUAAAAAAUUUGAUAAUCUCUUGUUAAAAGGAGUUGAUAUAGUACGUAGAAACUCAACAAAGAUAUAUAGAAUUUUUAUGAAAAAGUUGUUAUAUACUUUGUUUGAUCUUAAUAAAUAUAUAGAAUAUAUUUAUGAAUUAAAAUUCAUAAAUAUUGAACAAUAUUAUAUAUUUAUUAAUGGACAAGAUGAAAAAAAUAUAUGGAUGAAACACGUGUUUGAAAAUAUAACAGAAGAAUUUAUUAAAUAUCUGUAUCAAAAGGAAAUGGAAUUAGAUAUGGAAUUAUUUGAAAUGACAGGAAGAAACAAUACUGAAAAUGAUGAUGAGGAAAUUUCGAUAAUUGAAAUAACACAGACUAGUGCUUUUAAAACAAAUAAUUGGAAAUAUGAAAAUGGAAAGAUUAUAUUAUAUGAGAAAAAACAAAAGAUAAAUUUUAAAGAUAUUAAUGAGGAUGAAGAAUGUGAUAGUAAUUGUGAUAGUGAUGAAGAAGAAAAUGAAGAAGAAUAUGAAUAUGAUGAAAUUGAUGAUGGUUUAGUUAUUAAAAAUAGACUUGCAAAAUUUUUAAAAUAUAAUUUUGAUAAGGGGAUAAUUGGAUAUGAUAAAAAUGAUAAAUUA